UGAAUAAGCUUCGGGCGGCACCAAGCAAACGAAGAGCCCAUCGAAAGGUGGCGUCUCAAGAAGGGCCGACCUCCGACAUUUAAUUACGGCGUGACGUCACGGCGCACGGUGAGAAAGUGGUGGCGCGACCUUGGUGGCCGCCGUCGCCGCGAGUCUGCCAACCGACGACUCAGUUGGUUGUUUUGCUUCUUCGGCGUUCGUUCUCCAAUUCCUUGCGAUCCGCGGUCUCGAAGAAGAGGAAAAAAAGGAGCGCGAUGCUCGUGAUUUGGGCGCUGCUUUCGUCGGCGCUCGUCGGCCUCGGCCACGCCCAGACCGCGUGUUCCAACACCCUGAGCGGCGCGCCCGGCCGCUGCAUCAACAUUUACAACUGCACGUCGGUGGUGCUGGUGCUGCGCGAGCAGCGACCCCUCUCGCAGGAAACCGUCCAGCGCCUCCAGGCGUCCCAGUGCGGCUUCGAGGGCACCACCCCAAAGAUCUGCUGCGCUGACCACGUGUCCCUGCCACCAACACCACCAACAGGGCCGCCAGCGACGCCAGCGACAGGUCGGCCCGGAGGCGGCAAACCACCCGGCGGGGUCAACGGUCCGGGCCCGUCCACCUCGAGACCAAACCCUGCGGCAAUAACUGGGGUGCUGCAAAGGGUCGCUGUGGGCCCCAGGCACCCUAAACUCAAUCUCUUGCCAACGGAUUCGUGCGGCGUCACGACCUUUGACAAAAUCGUCAAUGGCAAGGAGGCUGACCAGAACCAAAUUCCCUGGAUUGCAAGAAUUGGAUAUGAGACAAGAUUUGGUGAAAGCUACCGCUGCGGUGGUUCAGUGAUAAGCAAACGAUAUGUUUUGACCGCAGCCCACUGCGUGACCAAACUUCCGAACGGACUCAAAUUGAAAUCCGUCUUAUUGGGCGAGUUGGACGCGAAUUCUGAGAUUGACUGCGUGAAGUCCUUUGGCCAGGACGUCUGCAGUGCGCCUCCGCAGUCCUUUGGCAUCGAGCAGGCCAUUCCACACCCUCAGUACAAUCCGACCACCAUCCACAACGACAUUGCCCUCCUCAGGCUGAACAGGGAUGCCGAUUUUUCAGUCGAUUCCGUCAGGCCCAUCUGCUUGCCAAUAGCAGCCAUUCAGUUCAAGAAUCUGGAUACGGUAAAGGCUUUCACCGUGGCUGGAUGGGGAACUACUGAAAAUGGUUCCUCUAGUCAGAAGCUGCUCUUUGCGUAUGUGCCGCCGGUGAACAACCAGAAGUGCAAAGAGACGCAUUCAAAGCAGGCGCAAAUCAUUGAAUCACAAAUUUGCGCUGGCGGGAGCAACCAAGACUCGUGUGACGGCGACAGUGGAGGACCACUUAUGGUUGACGAUGUGGUUCAUGGUGAUUCUUCACCGAGAAGUGUGUUGGUUGGCGUUGUGUCAUUCGGCCCUGUUCGAUGCGGCACCAAAGAUCAGCCCGGCGUCUACACUCGCGUCGGCUACUACGUGGCCUGGAUCCUCGAAAACAUGAGACCGUGAACAAACAAACAAAUCGUUGUUUUGCUAAUAAAUUAUACAAACAAACUUAUUAUAUUAUAAAAGUUGUAUUUCUCAUGAGGGAAAAUAAAAGAAUUAUACAAAUUAAUUUUAUUACAA